AUUGUUGUAAGAUUUAGAAAGUUUUCUGUCAUGACGUCGGUUCAGAUUAACCAUAAUUUCAUUUGGUCGUAAGAGGGCGUUUGUAGUUCGCCAGCCUAAAAGUCACGAAAUUUGAAAUGUUUUGUGGACAGUGAUUCCAUCAGUAAUCCCCGACAAUCGAGACAAGCCCAAUGUUAUGAACUGCAUUUUAUGCACGUAUCUCAACUUGGAUGUCGUCGUCCUUUCUUUAAGCCUACUGUUGGGGUCACUUCAGCAGAAUUUAACGUCACACAAAGUUCAUAACAGCUUUAGCAUUCGUCACCAUGAGUCAAGUAGGUGUUGAUGAUGUCAAUCCAGAGGAUUCUGCAAGUCAGGUUGGGAAGAGUUCCACCACGUCAUCUGGACUUAGGACCAGGGCCAAGAGGGCUGCAAUAGCAGCAGAAUUAGCAGUUCUUCAGGAAGAACAAGAGAUAGAACUCGAAGAAAUACGCCUUAAGCAAAGGAAGGCUAAGUUACUCUUACGUGCCAAGCUCAGCGCAGCAGAGGCAGAAGAAGACGUGUAUGAGCAACACAGGAGUGGCAGUAAGGUGUCGAGUAUAGGGAAUAGGAGUUCCAGUCAGCAGAAUGUCAAGCAGGUGCAUGAAAGUGCAGAGCAUGCUACGGAACAUCAUCAUCAUGUCAGCAAUCAUGAUGUCAAGGAACCUGCGCUCCUACAAGAGACUAUUCCUUUUCCAGCUCAGCAAAUGGCUUCAUCUCCCAUUUCAGGUCAAGCUUAUCAACCACGAGACGACCGAGAAUUUUAUCUGCAGACCCAAGUUCAGCAACAACGAUGGUUGGAAGCUAUCAGUCUGGCUAAUGUAGAGAUGAUGAAGUUUGAUGGGAGUCCUUUGCACUUCCAUGAAUUUAUGAUGUCGUUCGACAACUUAAUUGGUCGAUCUUCACUCGAUAGUGGGACAAAACUUAUGAAGUUAUAUCAUUGCUGUGAAGGAGAAGUUAAGGGCAUCAUACAGUGCUGUAUGGUCAUGGAACCACUGUAUGGGUACCAACGAGCCAGAGAGCUGUUGGUGGAACGCUUUGGCAGCAAGUACAAGAUAGGAGAAGCCUGGAUCAAACGUAUAACCACUGGUCCAAUCUGCCAUGCGAAUGACCGGAAGGGGCUGCAGAAGUUUGCAGAUGAGUUGAAGAUCAGCAUGGAAACUCUUCGAGCAAUGGAUCUACUGCAGGAAAUUAGUAGUCAGAGAGAGUUGCUGAAGGUGGCUGAGAGACUUCCAUAUUACCUUAAAGGUAGAUGGUUAAAGUUGGUGAGAGACAUCAGACAGCAGGAGCGUUCUCCCGAUAUCUCGGACAUGGCAAGGUUUGUCUCCAACGCUGCUGAGGAAGCCAAUGAUCCUGUCUUUGGAGAUCUGACAGCAACAACAAAAAGAGUUGAAACUUCAAACCCAGCUUUCAACAAGAAGAGUACAAGAAGUAACUACAUGUACGCUACAGAGGUAACAGAAGUAGCAGUCAACCUGAAGUGCCUGAAGUGUAGGCAAGAACAUUCCUUGUUUGGGUGCGACAGUUUUAAAUCCAUGGCACCCGAGAUGAGAUUUCAGUUUGCUCAGGACAACAGACUAUGUUUCAACUGCCUGCAAUCUGGCCACACCAGUAGGUUUUGCAGAUUGAAUAGAAGAUGCUCAGUACAAGGAUGCCAGAGAAAACACACAAAAUUUCUCCAUUUUGCACAGGAUGCAUCUUCAUCUGCAGGAAGGAUGACAACGACACAGGCUCCAGUUGAAACCCAGAACAACGAAGUCCAUCAAGUCCAGAAUGGGUUCGUUAAGAAGUGUGUCACAGGGGCCGGAAGGUGUGUGCUUCCCAUUGUUCCAGUGAGGGUUAGAGCUCAAGGAGAGAAUGUAUUUGUGAAUACAUAUGCACUGUUGGAUUCUGGUUCAACCAGUACAUUUUGUACAGCCACUUUGGCCAGAGAACUCAAUGCUACUGGAAGGAAGCAAAGUUUAAGCCUGACAACACUGGAGAAGCGUAAUAGCCCCAUAGAGACCUCAGUGAUUAGUCUGAUUGCAGACACGGGACCAGAUACAGACUGUGUGAAGCUACCCUGUGUGUAUACCAGAGACGCCAUUAAUAUCAGAGACACACACAUUGCCAAUGUGGAUGACAUUUCAGGAUAUCAUCACUUAGAAGGAAUCAACCUCCCGAUCAUUGAACGACAUGAAGUUGGACUGUUGAUAGGGCAGGAUUCACCUGAAGCCUUGAUACCUAUCGAGGUGAGACGAGGACAGCAUGGCCCUUAUGCUGUUAGGACCAAAUUGGGUUGGUCAGUGAGUGGACCUGUAGGUUCCAGUUCAGAUGGUGUACCCAAAGCUACAUCUAGCUUCAUUGACAGUAAUGAUAUACUGGAGGAACAAGUCAGCCAAUUCUGGAAGAUCGAAGCUACAGAUGUGCUUAAGAAAGACAAGGCAGUGUCAGUCAAUGACAAGAAGGUAAUGGAAAUAUGGGAGAGGGACAUCCAGCGGGAAGGUGCACAUUUCCAACUACCGGUGCCCUUCAGAAGGAGACCACCUAACUUGCCUGAUAACAAGUGGAGUGCAGAACAGCGUUUGAAAUCGUUGGCAAGGAGAUUGCAAAGAGAUCAAGCAAUGUAUGUGAAAUACAAACAGGGCAUAGAGGAUCUCCUCAGGAAAGGCUAUGCAGAGGAAGUUAGUGAGGAGACUAGGCAACCCAAGGACACCCCUGUUUGGUAUUUGCCCCACCAUCCAGUCUUGAAUCCCCAAAAACCAGACAAGAUGCGAAUCGUGUUCGAUUGUGCGGCCAAGCACCAAGGGGUAUCUUUGAAUGAUGCAGUGUUACAGGGGCCGGACCUUAUCAACAAUUUGAUGGGAGUUUUGCUUAGAUUCCGCCAGCAACCAGUAGCACUCAUGUCAGAUAUAGAGGCAAUGUUCCACCAAGUGAGGGUACCUCCAGAAGAUCGAGACGUGUUGAGAUUCUUGUGGUGGAAGGACGGAGACUUCAACAAGGAACCGCUGGUCUACCGGAUGUGCGUCCACCUCUUCGGAGGUACGUGGAGCCCAAGUGUGUGCAGCCAUGCACUUCGUCAGACAGCAAGAAACGGUGAUGGUAAUGGUAAAGUGGAAGCAUCUAAGGCCAUUCUCGAGAACUUCUAUGUGGACGACUGCCUGGUGUCAGUUGAGAAUGAAGAAACAGCGGUGAAACUUGCUGCGGACUUGAUGGUCUUGCUCAGUGAAGGAGGCUUCAGAUUAACCAAAUGGGUCAGUAACAACCCAUUUGUCCUGCAAUCCAUACCAGAAGAAGAGAGAGCUAAAGAUGUGAGGGGUCUGGAUCUCAAUCAUGAUGCUCUUCCAGUCGAGAGAGCACUUGGAAUCAGCUGGGAUGUAGAAACUGAUUGUUUGCUGUACAAAUUUAGACCCAAGGACAAACCCCAAACCAGGAGGGGUAUCUUGAGUGUUGUAUCUUCCAUCUACGACCCUCUCGGUUACGCCAGUCCUUUCAUCCUAAAGGCUAAGAUGAUCUUGCAGGAACUAACCAGACUUAAACUUGCAUGGGAUGAGGAGAUUCCAAGCAAGGAAAUAGAGAGAUGGAAUGAAUGGUUACAGGAACUACCCAAGAUGACUGAAUUCCAGGUCAACAGAUGCAUCAAACCACACGACUUUGGCAAGGUAGCAGAGUAUAAGCUACAUCACUUUGCAGAUGCUUCAGAGAAAGCCUAUGGAGUCGUUUCCUACCUGCGGAUGAAGGAUGUUGAGGGUCAGGUGCACUGCAGCAUACUAUUUGCAAGGUCACGUCUUGCACCCCUGAAGAGGAUGACAAUCCCACGGCUUGAACUGAUGGCGGCUACACUCUCUGUCACUAUAGACAGUAUGAUACAACGGGAAUUGGAUCUGCCGCUCCAAGAGUCAGUGUUUUGGACUGACAGUUCAAUAGUACUUCAUUAUGUGAAGAAUGAGGAUAAACGUUUCCAUACGUUUGUAGCAAACAGAAUUACAACCAUUCAUGAGGGAUCUGAACCAAGGCAGUGGCGACAUGUUAACACUGAUGUCAAUCCAGCCGAUGAUGCCUCGCGUGGACUGACAGCUGAGGAAUUGACUGGACGAUGGAAAGAAGGGCCAAAAUUUUUGUGGUCAGAAGAAUGCGAUUGGCCUAAAAGCUUGACAGUGAAUGAGUCUAGCUUAGAGCAUGACCCAGAGGUAAAGCAAGACAAGACUGGAGUGUUUGCUGCAGCCGAAUCUGAAGUCAAGGCGACAGAUAGACUCCUUGAAAGUUACUCGUCCUGGUUCCGGCUGAAGAAAGGUAUUGCAUGGAUCCUGAAGGUCAAGGAGUGCUUGAGAAGAAAGGCACGCAAAGAUAUGAAUUUACUGGAUAUGAAGCAGCCAGUAACAGUUGAUGAGAUGACUGUAGCUGAAGAAGCAAUUGUCAGAUACGUUCAGCAACAGACCUAUGCUGAGGAGUACAGAGUCUUACAGCAAAAUAAGACUGCACAACGGUCACCCACUCGAAUAGCAAAAUCCAGCCCACUAUCUAAAUUGAGCGUGAAACUCACAGACGAAGGAUUGAUAUGUGUUGGAGGAAGACUACACAAUGCACCACUAGAAGAGCAGACAAAACACCCAGUGAUUUUGCCUUCCAAGCAUCAUGUAGUACAGCUUUUGGUGAGACAUUACCACAUUAUGUGUGGUCACUCAGGGAAGGAGUAUGUGCUAUCCCUACUCAGACAACGAUUUUGGAUAAUCAGAGGGAGGUUAGCAGUUCGUCAUGUACUACACAAGUGUUUCACAUGUAAACGUCAACGUGCAAAACCAGUGGAACAGAAGAUGGCAGAUUUGCCGGCAGAUAGAGUGGUACCAGAAAAACCUCCAUUCAGUAACGUGGGAGUUGACUGCUUUGGCCCAUACAUGGUGAGACAAGGAAGGAGCUCUGUGAAGAGAUAUGGAUGUAUAUUCACUUGUCUGGUUAUAAGAGCAAUACACAUAGAGUUACUGCAUUCAUUGGAGACGGAUUCAUUUCUGAAUGCCCUUCAGAGAUUUAUUUCACGCAGAGGACAACCAGAGAUUAUCAGAUCCGACAAUGGUACAAAUUUCAUAGGUGCUGAACGUGAACUGAGGGAGGGAUUGAAACGAUGGAACCAGGAGAAGAUCCACGAUAAUCUCCUUCAACAAGGAAUUGAUUGGAAAUUCAAUCCACCGAGAGCAUCCCAUAUGGGUGGAUCAUGGGAAAGACAAAUCAGAACUACGAGAAAGGUCUUGAAUGCAGUCAUGAAGCAGCAGGUUCUGAAUGAUGAGGGCUUAACGACUCUUAUGUGUCUAGUAGAGGCAAUUAUCAAUGGGCGUCCACUCACCAUAACAUCUGAUGACGCAAGGGAUGCAGAGCCUCUCACACCAAAUCAUCUGCUGCUCCUGAGGUCAAAAAAUGCUCUACCACCUGAUGUGUUCCAGAAACAUGAUCUGUAUGGACGUCGACGCUGGCGGCAGAUUCAAUACCUGGCAGACUUAUUUUGGCGCAGGUGGGUGAAGGAAUACCUACCUUCCUUACAACAGCGGCAGAAGUGGCUGAAAGAGACGAGAAAUCUGGAGGAAGGUGACAUCGUGCUGAUUAUCGACAAUCUGCCGAGGAACAAGUGGUUGACGGGAAGAGUAAUCGAAACCUAUCCUGGGAAGGACAAGCUCGUCCGAUCGGUGAAGCUGAAACAUAGCACCGGUAUCCUAGUCAGGCCUGUGCAGAAACUAUGUCUUUUGGAAGAAGCAGAUAGCGUAUUGGUGAACCACAGCGACUAAUUGGAGCAUUCAUUUCUUAUGUGAGAUAAUUAUUUGAUGCACGAUGAAUUAAACGUGCGAGGUGAGAGCCUAGCGCCGCCUCUUGUGAAUUUUUUAUGUCGCGAUUAUCCUGAUCCGUGACAAGCGAAAGAUCCUGAUCAUCAUAUUCAAGUUAGACUGACGUCGACGCAAGACAGAACUCGUUUACAGCAACAAACUUGUUUAAGCGCAAGAAAUUGAUAAAAACAGUCCUCAGACUUUAUACAAGACUAUUUGCGGUAACAUUGUGCCCUUGAGGUAAAUCGGGCACGUUAUAUUUGAGGACAGUGGACUCUACUCUUGAAGAGUAAUAAACAUUUCAGCCUUGUUAUAGACUAUGUCAUAUUAUGUUUAUUAGUCAAUACUUGAAGAAAGACUAUAAUGGACUUCAGAAUACAUGUAUUCAUUUCAGUAUUGAACUGAGACUAUUGCUGAAAGAUUUUUUUUUUUUUUUUUUUUUUUUUGUUCGAACGAUAUUCAUACGUAAUUUCUUACAUGUUUUUUCCUAAGAGCAGGAGUUAAAUAUUUGACCACUACAAAUGAGAAUCAUUUGUCAUGAUAACAUGUUAUUUGGUCAAUGCAUGAGCAUACAAAUAUGUAGUGUCUAGUUCAAGUUGAAACUUUAAAGAACCGAAUUGUGUUGAUAUUUGAUGCAUAGACCCAAAAGAGGAUAUUUGAUAUGAAGGGGAUAGUUGAACUAAAGUUUUGUAUACCGGAAGUAAAUUGACAAUUUACUCAAGAUUGCGAAUGAUGAGAAAGUUUAAUCACAGAAGCACCAUUUUCUGAAUUUGAAAAUCAUUUUUUGUGUGUAACCCUGUUGUACUUAGUGGUGGGCUACUGAAUUUUGCUUGAAAACUCACAAAAAAGGGGGUUUAGUUUCAAGAAUCGAGUACUGAAAUACACAGUUCUGAGUAGUUAGCAGCUCUAGUGCAUAGAGGUACAUGUAGAAUCAUUAUGUUUGAGCUGAUAUAUUUCGUAUUUUCCUUUGGUAAUUCACUAGAUAACUCAAAGUGUGUAAGGAAUGUCAAGGACUUUAACAAUCCUUGUUAUUGUUAUUUGCUACAGAGUGUCAACAAUUGUGUUGAGAUUUAGUUAAUGUGUACUCUAUUAAGGCAACUGAUCGUUUUGCCCAAUGUUACUUUAAUUGACCUGUCGGUAUACAUUUUUAGACGACAAGUGUUUGUUGUGUAUAGGCUAUAAAUUCACCCUAAAGGCAUUUACUGUAAUGUACUACAUUGUGUAAAUGAAAUUAAUGGAAUGUGCUAUGCAGAGUUGAGUGUAAAUUCUGAAUGUUUAGUUGUGUUUUAUUAACAGAAAAGUUAGACAAUUUGAAUGGAAGUUGAAGUUAUUUGGAUAAAUGCUUUGCUGUGGCUACGCAUUUAAGGGGCCGGGAUGUAAGAUUUAGAAAGUUUUCUGUCAUGACGUCGGUUCAGAUUAACCAUAAUUUCAUUUGGUCGUAAGAGGGCGUUUGUAGUUCGCCAGCCUAAAAGUCACGAAAUUUGAAAUGUUUUGUGGACAGUGAUUCCAUCAGUAAUCCCCGACAAUCGAGACAAGCCCAAUGUUGUAAGUACUAUAAAGCUGUUAUUUGUAUAAAUCAAUCUUUAAUUGUUUGUAUGAGGCCAAAAAUGGCACAAGAUAUAAAUCUAGUUUUCUGUAAUUUUAAGAUGAAAAGUACGUUAAAAUGUUGUCUGUGCAUGUAGCACCACAUAUAGACAAACGUAGGAUAACGUGUGUGAAUGCACAAUUUGUGCAUAUAUCAGUUUGUGUUGAGGAUAAUCUAGAUUUGUGUGUAAUGAGUGAUGAUAAUUGACAUGAAACAAAGAGUAUGAAUUGUUUUCCUUGGUUAUAAAGAAUGUCAAGGGUGUAGAAGCAAAUAGGAAUUUAGUUCAGGAACCAA